GCAGUGCGGGAUUCGCCAGUGUGAGGUCGGGAGUUACCCGAAUCUGCCCGCGGGGGGAGUGUGAGUGUUAGCAGUGCUGUACUGGCAAAGAGACUGAGCUCGUACACCCGCGGCGAGGCAUCACACGCUCCAGUACUCCCACAGAGGGACACACUUACUGGGAUACUUUCUCCUGGUAACCCGAAUACACCCGAGGAUUCUACACAGGAAUUCGAAUUCUAGUUGCGGGGCAGCACAGUCACCCGAAAAAAAAAAACCUAACUCGGAAUACACCCGCUUUAGGGGGUUCAAGGAUCGGGAUAACGCCGGUCGAUUUGGAGCCUUAGCCGGAUGAGUGGGUGAUCCAGGGGAAUCUUUUAUUCCGGGUGUAGUGUCCGCGGGUCACCCAGACAUGCUCGUGGCGUGGGUCGUGUUCGCGGUGCUGGCGGCUGUGGAAGGACUGGAAGAAACUAUGAUGGACAGCCGCUGGACAACAUCAGAGCUUGCUUGGGUUGCAUACCCAGACUCUGGGUGGGAGGAAGUAAGCGGAUAUGAUGAUGCAUCCAAUCCUAUAAGGACGUAUCAGGUGUGUAACGUGCGUCAGCUCAAUCAGAACAACUGGCUCCGCACACAGUUUAUUCCACGUAAGGAUGUCCAGCGCAUCUAUGUGGAACUGAAGUUCUCCGUGCGAGAUUGUAACAGCCUUCCCAGCGUUCCAGGAUCGUGCAAAGAAACCUUUAACAUGUUCUAUUAUGAGUCUGACACCGACUCUGCCUCUGCUGAUAGUCCUUUUUGGAUGGAGAAUCCUUACAUUAAGGUGGAUACCAUUGCCCCUGAUGAGAGCUUCUCACGUCGGGAUUCUGGCAGAGUCAACACAAAGGUUCGCAGCUUUGGGCCGCUUUCCCGUGCUGGUUUUUACUUGGCGUUCCAGGACUUGGGUGCUUGCGUAUCUCUUAUUUCAGUGCGAGUAUUCUACAAGAAAUGUCCAAGCACCGUGGCUAGUUUUGCAAGUUUCCCUGAGACUCUGACUGGUGCUGAGCGCACCUCGUUGGUCAUUGCACCUGGAACCUGUGUGCCUAAUGCUCUUGAAGUAUCUGUUCCUCUAAAGCUUUAUUGUAACGCCGAUGGAGAUUGGCUGCUGCCUGUGGGUGCCUGCACGUGUGCAGCGGGCUACGAACCUGCCGGAAAGGACACUCAAUGCAAAGCUUGUCCGCGUGGAACAUACAAAUCAAAACAAGGUGAAGGCAUCUGCAUCCCAUGCCCCCCAAACAGCAGGGCACUAUCUGCUGCUGCCACAGUUUGUCCUUGCCAGAAUGGAUACUACAGAGCUGAUGGCGAAACUCCUGAAAUUGCAUGCACAACUGUGCCCUCUGCUCCGCGAAAUGUAAUCUCUAAUGUGAAUGAGACCUCUGUUGUCCUGGAGUGGGUGGAACCUGGUGAUUCAGGUGGUCGUGAAGAUGUUAUGUAUAACAUCAUUUGUAAAAAGUGCUCGGGGAAGCUGUGCUCUCGCUGUGACGACAAUGUUCAGUUCUGGCCUCGACAACUUGGAGUCACUCAAAGUCAUGUUUCUGUCAGUCAUCUCCAAGCUCAUACAAAGUACAGUUUUGAGAUCCAGGCAGUAAAUGGGGUGUCUGGCAAGAGCCCCCACCCACCAAAUUACCAUUCUGUUAACAUAACAACCAACCAAGCAGCUCCUUCGGCUGUGCCUAAUGUGAUAUCUCAUGGCAGCUCAGCAGGUUCUCUCACUUUGUCAUGGUCGCCUCCUGAGAGUCCCAAUGGCAUCAUUCUGGAUUAUGAGAUAAAGUAUUUUGCAAAAGGCCACAGUGGUGCGGGUAACACAGUAACCAGUCAGCGCACAACGCUUCGUAUCGAAGGAAUGCAGGCUGACACUAUAUAUGUAGUCCAGGUUCGAGCUCGUACGGUGGCUGGAUAUGGUGCAUACAGUGAGCCACGGGAGUUCCAGACCACAGCCGAGGAUGGCGACCGGAGCAGUCUUCAAGAGCAGGUCCCAAUGGUUGUUGGCUCUGUGACGGCUGGACUGAUAUUUAUAAUUGCUGUUGUCGUUAUUAUAAUUGUUUGUUUCAGCCGCAAGCAGAGGAAUGAUCCAGAAUCAGAGUACACGGAGAAACUGCAGCAAUAUAUGGUUCCUGGAAUGAAGCUUUACAUUGAUCCAUUUACGUACGAAGAUCCUAACGAAGCCGUACGUGAUUUCGCCAAAGAAAUUGAUAUUUCCUGUGUAAAGAUUGAAGAAGUGAUUGGUGCAGGCGAGUUUGGGGAGGUGUGCCGCGGUCGUCUGAAACAACCUGCACGCCGAGAACAGCUGGUGGCUAUCAAGACCCUAAAAGCAGGAUACACGGAGCAGCAGAGACGUGACUUCCUUGGUGAAGCAAGCAUUAUGGGUCAAUUUGAUCACCCGAACAUCAUCCGCCUAGAGGGAGUUGUAACAAGGAGCCGGCCUGUGAUGAUCCUGACAGAGUUUAUGGAAAAUGGAGCUCUCGAUUCAUUCCUUAGGAUGAAUGAUGGUCAGUUCACAGUUAUCCAGUUAGUGGGGAUUCUCCGUGGAAUUGCGGCUGGAAUGAAGUACUUGGCAGAAAUGAAUUAUGUUCAUCGUGACCUUGCUGCACGGAACAUCUUGGUCAACAGCAAUCUUGUCUGCAAAGUGUCGGACUUUGGCCUGUCCAGAUUCCUGGAGAACAGCCGCUCUGACCCCACAUACACCUGUUCCUUGGGGGGGAAGAUUCCAAUUCGAUGGACUGCUCCUGAAGCCAUCUCGUACCGAAAGUUUACCUCUGCAAGUGAUGUUUGGAGUUAUGGAAUUGUCAUGUGGGAGGUGAUGUCUUAUGGCGAGCGACCUUACUGGGACAUGUCGAAUCAAGAUGUCAUUAAUGCAGUGGAGCAGGACUAUCGCCUACCACCACCUAUGGAUUGUCCUGCUGCUCUUCACCAACUCAUGCUGGACUGCUGGCUCCGUGACCGCAACCUGAGACCUAAAUUCUCACAGAUUGUCAGUUCAUUGGACAAGUUAAUACGAAAUGCAGCCAGUCUGAAAGUGAUCAGUCCAAUACAGGCAGGGGUAUCUCAGCAGCUUCUAGAUCGAACCGUUCCAGACUACACAACCUUUCCCACUGUGGGUGACUGGUUAGAGGCAAUCAAGAUGGGCCAAUAUCAGGAAAACUUUCUGAGUGCUGGGUUUACAUCCUUCCAUUUGGUGGCACAGAUGACAGCUGAGGACCUGCUCCGUAUCGGGGUGACAUUGGCUGGACAUCAAAAGAAGCUUCUCCACAGUAUUCAAGAUAUGAGGCUGCAAAUGAGCCAAACCCUGCCGGUCCAGGUUUGAGAUCCCAAUGCCCGGAGGACAAAACUCUUCAUAUUGAAGAAAUAUUAUGGACUUGGAAGGGGCUCCAUAGGAAGCUGAGGUGUACAUGAGAGAGACCCUGGGACGUGAUGGUGGUUUUAAGUGGAGUUACAGUCUUUGCACAAAGGGGCUUUCUACCCUCUGUUUGCUGAUAACUUACUCAUCAUCUGCUCAUGUGAGCAGGAUAGGCAACAAAGCCCACCCUUACUUUACUCAUCUAGUCAAUCUUGAAAUGAGAGCCUGAGUGACACGUGUGCAUGAAUGACCGAGUGAGAUGUGUAUGAUUGGGGCAAGGCAUCAAGUAAAACAGUGGAGGAACUGAAUGGCUUGAGGGGAAUGUGAGUGUGAAUGAGGCAAGCUUGUGGGUGGUAUAAGGGUAAGCAGAGGACCGUAUAGAAAGUCGAAAACAUUUUAAAGUGUCUUCCACUCACUUCAAGACCUC